GGGGAGUGACGUGAGCGGAAGCGGGAAAGUCUCGUGAAUGAGGACAGGGAAGUGGACUGAGGAGCCGCAUCCAGCAGUGACAAGUGUCCGUUCCCUGUCGUUGCCCGGGGGCCUGCACGGUGGGAGCCGCGCGCUGCAGACCCGGGUGCGGGGGACGCGGCGGGCGCCGCGGGGACCUGGAGACUCCGGAGCCGCAGUGUCCGCGCGGGGCGGGCGGCCUGGGAAAGUCAGCGUCAGCAGCAGCGCAGUGGCGGGAACCGCAGCCCGGCGGCCCUGGAACCUCCCAGGGCAUGGCUUCUUCAACAAUAGGGACUCACCUUCUACCUCUCUGAGGCAAACAUGGACAACAGCAAUAGCCUACAAUGAUUUAGGUGUAUCUUGGACAGCGGUGACCAACAACUUCAAAGCAGGCCUCUCAUGCCCGACGUUGGUUGCUUUGUUAGAAAAUCCAUGGCUCUUGUGAGGAGCAUCAUCAGCCCAGAUGCAGUUUUCAUUUUCAUCCUAAACGUAUAUGCAUUUUUUUGUAAAGGGCAGCAAGCCAUCUAUUCUGUGUUUCUGAAAGAGAAACUCAUAGAAGAGAAACAGAAGGAAAUGGCCGAUUCUUCAGUAAGCUUGUCCCAGGGUCUAUCAACAUUCAGAGAUGUGACUGUGGACUUCUCCCAGGAGAAGGAAUGCCUGGACUCUGCUCAGAGGACUUUGUACAUUGAUGUGAUAUUGGAGAAUUACAACAACCUGGUUUCUCUGGAGAACUAUUACAUAUGUGAUCCUGUCCAUCACCAUGUAAAGACUGAAAAGGAGUCUUGUCAGUGUGAUGAGCUUGACAAAGUGCUUCAUGACCCCUCCACAUGUGCACUUCAUAGAACAAGUGAAUCUACAGAAAACUCUAAUGACUACACAUGCAGUAGUCACAGGGAUGCCUCUGUUGACUUAUCAAACCCAGACAGACAUGAAAGCAUGCACUCUGGAGAAGAACCUUGCAGACCUAAAGACUGUGAGAAAUCUGUAAAUUUGUGUUCUAGCAUUACUCAAGAUCAGAGAUUAUAUUCUGCAAAGAAACACCAUGGACGGGGAGAAUAUGAUGACUAUUUCAUCUCUGCAUACAGUCUUAUGCAGCAAACAAUCUGUAUUAGAGAGAAGCAACACCAGUGUAAGGAAUGUGGGAAAUCCUUCAGUAGUGCCUCAAACCUCAGUGUACAUCGGAGAAUUCAUACUGGAAAGAAACCCUACAAGUGCACUUUUUGUGAAAAAUCCUUUACCCAGCGUUCAACUCUUAAAAUACAUCAAAGGCUUCACACUGGGGAGAAACCUUACAAAUGCAAAGAGUGUGGAAAGUCAUUUCGCCAGUUGUCAGGAUUUAAGAGCCAUCAGAAAUUGCAUACUGGAGAGAAGCCUUACAAAUGCAAAGAAAAUGGAGAGUCUUUUAUUGAAAAGUCAAGUCUUAAAGGGCAUUACAGAAUCCAUGCUGAAGGGAAAUGUGAGGGCUCACUGAUCACCCAGACCUGCUCACCUGUGCAGCAGAACAAAGGGGCCUGGAAGGUGGAAAGAGAGGAGACAGAAGCUAUGGAUCCAGGGCAGCAAGACAUCAGACAUCUAUUGUUCCUGAAAGAGAAAUUCAACAAAGAGAAACACCAUGAAAUCACUGAUUCUACAGGACAUAUGUCCCAGGGUCUGUUGACAUUCAGGGAUGUGACUGUGGACUUCUCCCAGGAGGAGUGGGAAUGCCUGGACUCUGCUCAGCAGUCUUUGUACAUUAAUGUGAUGUUGGAGAAUUAUAACAACCUUGUCUUUGUGGAGAACUAUUGCAAAUGUGAUCCUGUCCAUCACCAUGUGAAGACUGAAAAGGAGUCUUGUCAGUGUGAUGAGCUUGACAAAGUGCUUCAUGACCCCUCCACAUGUGCACUUCAUAGAACAAGUGAAUCUACAGAAAACUCUAAUGACUACACAUGCAGUAGUCACAGGGAUGCCUCUGUUGACUCAUCAAACCCAGACAGACAUGAAAGCAUGUACACUGGAGAAGAACCUUGUCUGUCUAAAGACUGUGAGAAAUCUGUAAAUUUGUGUUCCAACAUUACUCAAGAUCAGAGACUCUAUACUGCGGAGAAAGAGCACAGGCAGGGAGAAUAUGAUGACUAUUUCAGCUCUCUAUUUGAUCUUUGGCAUCAAGCAGUUUAUAUAGGAAAAAAACCACACCAGUUUGGUAAAUUUGAUAAAUGCUUCAAUACCACCUCAAACUUCACUUUACAUAAGAGAAUUCAUACUAGAGAGAAACCCUACAAGUGCAGUGUUUGUGACAAAUCCUUUACCUGGUGCUCAAAUCUUGAAAGACAUCAAAGGGUUCAUACUGGAGAAAAGCCUUACAAAUGUGGGGUGUGUGGCAAAUCCUUUAAUGUGAACUCAAGUCUUGAAAGACAUCAGAGAAUUCAUACAGGAGAAAAGCCUUACAAAUGUGGGGUUUGUGACAAAUCCUUUAAUGUGAACUCAAGUCUUAAAAUGCAUCAGAAAACUCAUACUGGGGAGAAACCUUACAAAUGUAGGGAAUGUGACAAAUCCUUUACCCAAAACGCACAUCUUAAAAGACAUCAGAGAGUUCAUACUGGAGAGAAACCUUACAGAUGUCAGGAAUGUGACAAGUCCUUUACUAAGUGCUCAACUCUUCAAUCACAUCAGAAAAUUCAUACUAAAGAGAAAACUUACAAAUGCAAAGCCUGUGACAUAUCCUUUACCCAGUACUCAAAUCUGAAAAAACAUCAAAGAGUUCAUCCUAAAGAGAGACCUUACUUCUGUAAGGAAUGUGGCAAAUUUUUUACUAGCAACUCAUAUCUUAAAAUACAUGAGAAAAUUCACACUGGAGAGAAACCUUACAAAUGCAAAGAGUGUGGCAAAUCCUUCACCCAGUGUUCAACUCUUAGAGUACAUUACAGAGUUCAUACUCGAGAGAGACCUUGCAUAUGUAAGGAAUGUGGCGAAUCUUUUACUAAGUCCUCAAGUCUUAGAGCACAUCAGAAAAAUUCACACUAAAGAGAAAAAUACUGUUGUAAAUAAAAUGACAUAGCAUUUAUCUUGUAUUCUCUGCUUACAAAUCCUAACAGUUUACAUAAAAGAAACAUAAGGAUUAGAAACUUGUAAAAGCCUUUCAAGUUUUAAAUCUUGAAAAGUAUCAGAGUUUGUAUUAAAUUAAAAUUCUGCAAUUCUGAGUGAAAAUCUUUUUUAAAUAUGUGUAGGUGUUUGGACUGCAUGUGUGUCUGUACAUUAUAUGUAUGCUUCCUGUGUGUGGAAUCCAAAAGAGGGUAUCACAUCCACUGAAGCUGGAGUUAAAGGCAAUUGUGAGCUGCUGUAUGUCUUGGCAACUGAAACCUUGUUCUCUGUAAGAGCAGCCAGUGCUCAUAACCGCUACACCAUCCAACUACUGGGGGAAAGAUAUAAUAAAAACUUAUCUUGUUCAGUAUCCCAAAUUUCAUAGUAAUGCCAGGCAUGGUGGUUGUAGUGGUUUGAAAGAAAAUGGCCAACAAAGAGUGUGGCACUAUUAGGCAGUAUGGCUUUGUUGGAGUAGGUGUUGUCUCUUUGGAGGAAGUGUCACUGUGGAGGUUGUCUUUGAGUUCUCAUAUAUGCUCAAGAUACCACGAAGUGUCUUGGGUCCACUUCCCUUUGCCUUUGGAUCAAGAUCUAAGGACUUUCACCUCAAGUACCACCUCUGACUGCCUGCUGCCUUGCUUCUCCCCAUGAUGAUAAAGGACUAAACCUCUGAACUAUUAAGUGAGCCAUCCCUAAUAAAUGCUUCUCUUUGUAA